UAGUCACCUGUGAAUGUUUGGACGAGCAACAUCGAAGUGCUCCACACGCUUCACACCGAAUUCCAAAGUGUGUCUAUUGUAUAUUCAAUUGAAAGAAAGGAAAUUCCUACGGUGUAUUGUUCUUUUUUUCGCGGAUUUCUUGGCAAUUCGAGGAGUCAAAGCGAGAAUUUUCGUUAUAUACACCCACGAACCAUUUUAUUGUGCAUUUUCUGGCUCUUUUUUCAUCAUAUCGGAUUACAUAUUUCCUUCUCAUGAAAGAAGGAAACGCGUGAAAUUGCAGCACUAAAGAAACAUCGCAAGGACCAAGGUUGUUUUUUUUUGCGAAAGGCUCAAACAUUUUUUAAGAACGCAAAGUAAAAUAUACGUGUGCAUGUGAAGAAUCCGGUAAAAUUUCCCUCCGCGUGUUCAAAAGCUAGGGCUUCGCUAAGAUAAACAGUAUAACUAAUAACCUUAGAAAGUGCCGUUAAGAGGUGAAGAAUUCCAUGGAUUUCAGUACAUAAGGCUGAGUUGUGCGAAUUUCAAUAAAAUAGCAUUUUCUAUUUGGAUAAAAAAAAAGAUAUACAAUUUUACUUGCAAAGUCCACAGUCAAGCACAUGUUCAUCAGUAUUGAUUGAUUGAUUCAGUGCAGUGUGUUAUGUGCUUCUAAUUGGAAAUCCAACAACAAUUUCCAUCUCACCAAACGAGAUAAUCCUUCAUUUGUCUCCUACUGUGGCAGCUCAAGAGACAUUUUUUUUUUACCUAUUUUAACACCCCGGAAAAUUUUGAGAGUGACGUAGAAAAAGAGAGAAAAAGCUGCUAUACUGCAAGAGUUGUAUCAAUAAACUGGGCCACCAAACUGUUUUCUAUAUGUAGGACAUAAACGAAAAAGCUUCAUUAUCUUCCCAUCUUUUGCUGUACAAGUGAUUUUGAAGAAAAGAGAUUGCAAAAUGCGUGGUCUCAGUGUCCUCUUUUCUACAUUAAUAUUUGUGAAUUCAACAAUAGCUCAGUGCCCAUGGCAGAAAGAUAUACCAGAUUUGCAAACAUCCUGUCUAUGUGCCUACAACCUCGGUCAAGAGCUCUCUGUGCAGUGUGAUCAGGUUGAAUUUGCCGUACUAGUGGAUGCCUUAAAUAAAUACACCAAAGCGAAACCCAUUGAUUUGCUUUAUGUGAAUAAUUCAACAGUAGAGUCCUUAGAAGUUAAUGUAUUUGCCAAUUUGCGAUUGCACAACAUGCAAUUGAGUAGCUGUAGGAUAAAGAGUAUCAAAGAGGGAGCUUUUAACGGGCAGGAGCAGGUGCUGAAAAACCUCAAUUUACAGGACAAUUUACUCACGGAUGUUCCUAUGAAGGCAUUGAAAGUUCUUGCAAUAUUAAAUUUACUGGAUUUAUCCAAAAAUCAACUUACACAUGUACCAGACGAUGCCUUCAGUGGUAUGACCAAAUUAUCAACACUCAAGCUGAGUGACAAUAAUGUGACUUUGGCCCCAAAUGCCUUUCGGGGUGUUGAGAGUACGCUUAAAAAUUUAAAUUUAAAAGGGACACGGCAAAAACGUGUGCCCGAUGCUGUACGUGGUCUAAGUAGUCUCGCAUUUUUGGAUCUAUCCCAAAAUGGUAUACGAGAACUCCCUGGGCCAGGUGGUGUGAGAACAUUUGAGGGUCUAGACUCCCUCACAGCACUCAAUCUUGAACGAAAUCUCAUCCAGAAUCUGGGUGAAACGGCCUUUUCGGGCAUACGACGAACACUUAGCUCACUGAGUCUGCUCAAUAAUUUGCUGCCAGAAUUUCCAGUUGGUGCCAUACAUUCACUAAAGGAGCUCCGUGUUCUCGACAUUGGUUUCAAUUUACUCACUCAACUACCGGAGACUGCAUUCCGUGGGAAUCCCGCGAUAACACUCUUGGCACUCGAUGGAAAUCCACUGCCCACCGUACCAGAAAAAGCACUCGCCCACUUGAAUAAAACCCUCCGUGGAUUAUCACUUGGAGGACGUUUCUUGCAUUGCGACUGCAAGAUUCGAUGGGUGGCCGAAUGGAUAAGGAAUGGAGACUUGCAGGUAACUUCGAGGGAAAGAAAUCCCCAAUUCUGCGGAACACCAAAUCGCUUCAGGGAUCGUGGCUUCUAUUCAAUUCAACCCGAUGAACUAACUUGUCCUGAAUCAGAAAUUGAUCUCAAUGGUCCGAUAGGUGUUGUUGACUCUCUCGUGCCAAAGCUCACUGAAGCUGCAUCGUCAACAACCCCAUCAGGAACUGUUGAGAGUACAACAAAUAUUAAUCCCCUCACCACACUACCAACUGCGAGUGGUGGUACUGUGAUCAGUUCAAGUUCACCAUCCCCAACGACAACUGGUGGGACCACGACAAAGACUACAACAAUCCAUCCGAACAAAGCGACCGCAAAUAGAAACUCGCCAAAUUGGCGCCAACAGAACUCAUCGGCACACAAGCAACGACCACCCUUGGUUCUUGGAUUUCCGCCACAGCGUGGAACCAAAAUUGACGACUCAAACGAGGUUCAAGUGAAAAAUGCUUUCAGACAAGACAGCUCCGUGAUUAUUCAAUGGGAUUCAGACACGGCGAAUAUUUUGGGCUUUCGUGUUGUAUAUCGUCUCUUUGGCGAUAAAAGUUUCAAACAGGGACCACCACUGGAGGCUAGCGAACGUGAAUUUAAGAUAAAAAACGUACCCUCGCAGGAAUGCAUUGUGGUGUGCGUUAUAUCAUUGGAGGAGAUCAAUGUGACACCGGAAAAUGUGCCUUACACACAAUGCCGAGAAGUGAGGACUGUUUCAUCUCAAACAUCAAAUAUGGAUAAAAUCACCAUAGCAGCAAGUGCAGCUAUCUGCGGUACAAUUAUUGUGGCUGUAAUUGUCUUCAUAGCGGCCAGCAGACGCCGAUCACGGAAACUCCAAUCGCUUCACUCAACACAGAAGAGCCCACUACCAAUUGCGGGUCUCCCCGUGAAUUGCUGUGGUCCUACGGCUAGUCCGGGUGGCCCAUUGGGCUCCAUCGCCACACUGUCUGCCUUCAAUAAUCACAAGGAUUGGGAUCAAGUAUCAGCCUACAGUGGACGCUCAAUACCACGACCACGAAUCUAUCCAUUGGAAAAUCCCAGUAUAGCAGAUGAUUUGCGGAGUCACGUCUCACACUUUUCCGCCCUCGGUGCCAAUCCCAAAGUUAGUAAGGCAAGAUCCAUUGCAGAUGGGCAAUCACAGCAUAGUUUCUCCAAUCAUUCACACCGAGGCUACCUCGGGUCGGCAUUUCCCACGAAUUUGGUUAAUUCACGACCAGGUACAUCCCCAUACCCCUCAAUCCCUGACCCAUCUAAUCCAUGGUCCACAUAUUGUGCAGAACUUCGUCAGUCGAGGCAAUCACUGGCGGCAGCAUCCGAUCGAAUGUCCAGAGCCUCAUACGCAGCAUCGGUGCACGGUAUUGCUCACAGCGUGGCGUCCAGCACAAGACGCACUAGACCACGGUCAAGAUCGCGUGAACAACUCAACGGCACCCACAUACACUCCCAUCGACCCGGAAGCCGUAGAUACUCAACAGCUGGCUCAACGCAUACCUUAAACAAUUACUGCGACACAUCUGACAAUUGGACCGACCACGAUAUGGAUAUUUACAUGGCAAGAAACCCCACGACAAGAAACGGAUUGGUGCCAUUAUGAGGAAGGCUUUUGGUUUCCUGAUACUUUGACAUCAUCUACGAUUGGCAUGAAAUAUUUUGACCAUUCACAAUUGAAGAUGAUAUUGAGGUAUCUUUUGUGUUUUCAUUUUUAUUAUAAUUUUAAAAUAUAUUAGCAAUUUAUAAAUAAACACAACUUAUCGAAUACUCCAUCAAUGUGAGGAGAAUCGAAUUGAGACAGUCAAAUAUUAGAAUGUAGAGUAAUUUUAAAAUGUAACGAAAAAGACAUAGAGAAACAAAACAAAGUGUAAGAGAUUUCUUUAUAUAAAAUUUUAUCAAUGUGAUGGCAUUUACCUUAAAAAAAGGAUAUUUUGAAUUAUAUUAUGUUUCGCUUUUUCUGACUUAUUUUCAAAAAUCAAUCAUAGUUUAAUGAACAAUAGUUCUUAUGCUCCCAAAUCCAGGAUUUUAUUUCAUAUCAGUUAAAAUAAAAUUUUGUUUUAACAAGAAUUCAUUUCCAAAAGUUAUAGCUACUGACAAGAUUGUUCCCAAAUAUAAAUUAAAUAGCAUUUUCAUGUGGAAAAAAUCUUUCUCAGAAUUCUUCUUUCAAUCCAUUGUGAAAUUCUAAAAAUGAAAAGAAGUUUAUUCAGCAAUUCCAUGUCGAGAAUUUCUAACAAUAACAUUACCAGUCACAUUUAUUCAUUUUUUUUCUUUCUCUUCAAGAAUAAUUUCUUCGAGAUUCUUUCUUUGUGGCACUGACUUUUGAAUAAAAAUGAAUUUUUAAUUUUUGGGAUACCCAACAUUGCGGUAGAAAUUUCAACAUUAAUAUAGUCCACACCAAAUGAGAAAAAAAAAUACAAAACACAAGAAAUAUUUAACUUUGUUUGAAAAGCAAUUUAAUUUUAUUAAUAAAUGUUAAUCUCUUACACUUUUUGUUCAUUUUAGAUUAAAAUCAUCCUCGUUUUAGCGAGAUGAUAAAAUUAUUAUAUUCACAACAUUCAUUUAUUUUCUUCAUUGUGAACCUCAUUUGUUUUCUUCACCUCGUGUUUUACUAGCUCAUUGAUACAUAUAAUUUUUUUAUGAACAUGUGAAGAAAACAAAAACUAUACUGCUAGAAUAUAAAUUAAAAAUAAAAAAAGAUAUAUAAAUAAUAAAUGAAAACAAUAUUAAUUGUAUAAUCAAAGUUAACGAGAAAACGGUUAACAAGUUCAUGCUAAGAAAGUUAACAGUCUUUUUUUGUUUUAUUUUUUUAUGUAUGCGUGAAACAUUUUGAGAGUCUCUGCGUGAAGUAAAAAAAAUAGUUUUUAAAAUGUAUGAAAGUAAUUAAAAAUAUGAAAUUACCUUGUAAAUAUGUUGAUAAAAUGUAUAAGAUGAAAAUGAAUUAUGGAAGUGGAGAGAGAACGAAAAAAUAGUGCUAAAUCUAACCCAAAUAGUAAUUCGACCCAGUAAACAGAGAGAGAAAUGAUAGCAAACAUCAUUGUAGAUAGUAUGAAUUCUCUGUGUAUUAAAAUACUAUAUAGGCCGACUAAAAUGAACAUCUUAUGAUUGAUAAACAAACAGCAUUAUUGUACAUAGAUAGAAUAUUGAUAAAUCAUAUCGUGGUAGAAGCUCUCUUGGUUCAUUUUUAAAUAUUCAUUUAAAAGGAAAAAGGAUUUUAAAAAAAAAAUACCAAAUGCUGUGAACCCACGUUGGUUCAUUGUGCAUUCGGGAAAAACGUACACAGUUGAUAGUUAACGCAAAAAAUAGUAUUAAGGAAAAAAAACUCAAAAGUGUAAACAAAAUUAUUAAGAGUAUAUAGGCAUUAGUGUUUAAAAAAAUUAAAAUAGUUAAAGAAAUAUAACAAAAAAUCAUAGAGGGAUCAAUAUAUUGUGUAGAAAUAAAGUUUGCAAAAAGAACAAAAAAAUUGUUGAAUAUUCUUGCAUAGAUAAGAAUAAAAAAAAUAUUAGAAGCUAUUUUUUAGAAAAAGUUGAAAUUUCCAAAACGAGAUAAAUUUGAGAAGAAAAAAAUAUUAUUAUAUAAAAAAUAUUAUCAAAAAAUUUGAUAGAAAAAUUUGCAAAAAAAAAUAGUCGAGCAUUAAUAAGGAAGCAAAAAAAAUCACAUCCCACUGCCUUAUCAUUGUGUAAUUUUUAUGAAUUUACGUUGACGAGAUAUAUACACAUAUAACAAGGAUAUAUUUAAAGGACUUUAUCGUGAAAAUAAUCGCGAAACAAAGAAAAAAAUGAAAUAAUAGAAUACUAUUAUAUAACUUUGUGUGUCAUUUAUAGCCAAUUUAUCAAUACAAUAUAUUUCAUAUUUCAUCGAGUCUCGUCGUUUUCUGUGCGACAUUUUCAAGUGAAAAAGUUGAUGAUGAGCACUGGAGCAAAAAAACGCGAUUCAUUAGUCAUUUGGCAGAAAGUUAAACAAAAAAAAACACAGAAGUGAAGAAGCAUUACUGAAAUUAUUAGUCUGCACUUUCAAUUAAAACAUCAUUGAACAUCCAUUGCAUUAUAGCAUAUAACAUUUACAUAAUGGAGUGAAUAUUAUAUCAAAUCAAUAUUAUACGACAUUACUAUAGGACCUACAUAUGUAUAUCUCGAGAGAAUGAGUGUAUAUGAGAAGAAUACAGAGCAGGAAUACACGAAUAUUAAUUUUAGGUGCUAAUUUUAUUGAAUGAUUGUUCAGCACUUGUUGGAAAUGUGUGUGAGCGAGUUUAGAGGAUGAAAUAAAGGAAAAUUGAUUAAA